GUGAAUUUGUGAUUGUAUGUUACGGUAAUUCGACGUUAAUUUGAGAGACUCGACAACAUUUAACAGGCUAAGGCUGGGUCUGGGCGACAUAGCGAGCAUUUUGUAAAACUCCUCGGAGCUGUAACGAAGCUUGUUAGCGGACUUUUGAAAAGAAGAUUGUCUGCUGCAGCGGAGACACCUAGAGCGAGGGUCGCGCAAAUGGAACUAAUGAGUUCCCUGUUGUUAUGUGUGCUAGUGGUGCUGUUGCCGCAAACGCUAGGUAUAUCAAGAGUAAGAUCACCGCCAAGACUGGAAAUAAGAUUCAACAAUUCGCUGCUUAUCCAGCAGAAACCACACACGCUGCGGAAGCAAAUACUACUGAACAUCAACGGACCACCUUUGGUGAACAACGUAACUGAACUGCAGACUGUAUUCACAGCUUUAGCAUGUAAAAGGUGCCAUAAUUGCAUGGAGCGAGCGAUCAGAGCAUAUAAAGUCCAUAACCAUAUAAUCAGCAACCGUCCAAGCGCUGAAGAGCUUCAAGAAGACGUCUUAACCAACGAGAUCAGUUACAGAACCAAAAGAGACAUAGCGCCUACGAGUGAGACGAUUAUACCUACCAGUACUGAAGCAAAGACCACUAAGAAGUUCAGAGCAAAGAAAAACAAAAUCAAUCGAGCUGUGAUGGUCACCAAAUACAAUAUAGAUGGAGACGUUUACGCUCUGAAAGUCAAAGAGCAACUGAACGCCGAUCAGAACGAUACAAAAACGUGCCAAGUGUACAGCGUAAAGAGGUCUUUUCCGUGCGAUUCUGCGGAGGGCGAAGCUCUUUUAUCAUCUGCGAGAAGGAAAGCUAAUAAAAGGAAGGCGAAAAAGGAACAAGACAAAACAUCUACUACACCUACAACGCAAAAAACUCAAACGUCUGUCUUUAGGAAGCGUGAAGUAGAUAACUCGCAGAUGCCUGAAAACUUCAUGCCUUCUAUUGAGGAAUUGUACUAAAUUCGUACUUAUAUUUGUAUCUUAAUUGAUGUAAAAAGAGAUUAACUCACCAUUUUUAAGGAUUUGCACAUGAUCAAUUUGUCUAAGAAUCUAAUUUAAAGUAACAAUAAUGUGCAAAACGUCUAUAAUAAUUGUAAAUAAUAAUUCUAAUAAUAAAUAACUAUAUGCUUUGUAAAUAGGACACGGUUUCAGACUAUUUAAUAAAAAUACGAGUGUAUUUAGAACCUUAAUACUUUCAUAGAAUUUUAAAAAUCUACUUCGUAACGUUAAAGAGUAUUUCAUAAAAAUAACUUAAUUUUAAAAAACAUGAAUGG